AACUUUGUCUGUGGGAGGACCAAUCUCUUCCUGAAGAAACCCGGAGCAGCCAUCUCAAAGAAGAGGAAAUGGGGAACCAUCAUGCCAAAGAGAGAAGCCAUCAUGGUUUCGACGCAGAUAGAGAUGCCAAAAAGCUAUACAAAGCCUGCAAAGGAAUGGGCACGGAUGAAGCAGCAAUCAUUGAAGUCUUAUCCAGCAGGACAUCGGAGGAGAGGCAACAGAUAAAGCAGAAGUACAAGGCGAAGUAUGGCAAGGAUUUAGAGGAGGUGCUCAAGAGUGAACUGAGUGGAAACUUCGAGAAGACAGCCUUGGCCCUUCUGGACCGCCCCAAUGAGUAUGCGGCCAGGCAGCUGCAGAAAGCUAUGAAGGGCAUGGGCACCGAUGAGGCAAUGCUCAUAGAGAUCCUAUGCACAAGAAGAAACGAGGAAAUCGUCGCCAUCAAAGAAGCUUACCAAAGGCUAUUUGGCAAGAGUCUGGAAUCUGAUGUCAAAGAUGAUACAAGUGGAAACCUAAGAAAAAUCCUGGUGUCCAUGCUACAGGCCACUCGUGAUGCAGAAGAUACUGUGGACAAAGACCUGGCUGGUCGGGAUGCCAAAGAUUUGUAUGAUGCAGGCGAAGGGCGCUGGGGUACCGAUGAGCUUGCCUUCACUGAAGUCCUGACCAAGAGGAGCUACAAGCAGUUGCGUGCCACCUUUGAAGCCUAUCAGAUUCUCAUUGGCAAAGAUAUGGAAGAAGCCAUUGAAGAAGAGACAUCAGGAGACUUGAAGAAGGCCUAUUUAACUUUAGUGAGAUGUGCCCGGGACCUCGAGGGCUAUUUUGCUGACCUACUGUACAAGUCCAUGAAGGGUGUGGGGACAGACGAGGAGACGUUAAUUCGCAUCAUUGUGACCAGGGCUGAGGUGGACCUUCCUAGAAUAAAAGCCAAGUUCCAGGAGAAGUAUCAGAAGUCUCUCUCUGACAUGGUUCGCUCAGACACCUCUGGAGACUUCCAGAAACUGUUGGUAGCUCUCUUGCACUGAUCCAGGCCUGAGCAAUGGCAGCGUGGGGAGAAGCCGCCUCAUCAGGAUUCUUCAACAUAACAAAUCAAAUUUCCAAAUGGGAGAACGCCUUCACCUGCUGGAUCAACUGCUCAUCAGCGUUGGUGCCCCUAGGCCAAGCUGUUGAAGUCAAAAGCAGCAUCCUCCAAAUGCUCCAGCAGUUCACCUUGAAUGCUAGCUUGGCAAGAACCUAAAGUGCCUCCCAGCCUUCCUUGAGCAUUUUGAGUGGAUGCUUUCUAAGCACAAGUGAAAUCAACAGCUGGUGGGGAGAAAAACCUGAACAUUCAUAAUAAAAUGUUUAGAAAAUUAUGUGCCUCCCAGAUGUAUAUACCCAAAGCAGAGAUUAAAUGGCUAAAGCGUAGUAAAGGCAAGAUUAAA